CUUUCUUACCUCGACCUUCAGACAAUGAAGUUGUCUAGCGAGAACGUGGUGAUUUCUCUACCCCCCACCCUGGGGGCUGUGUUGCGUGUACUUGGCCCACUAGUCAAGUACCGCAUUGAACACAACGGAGACAGUGCUGUUGUAACCUUGAGUUACGGAGCUACCAACUCAUCAGGAUCGAAGAGGAGGAACCGGAGGCGGCGACCUAAGACUUCGCAGGGGGGACCAAACCUGGCGGCUCAACCGCCAGGAGUGGUCCCACCUGCCCCGAAGAGGAAGAUCAGACCAACGGGAGCGAGACAGGGUGAUCCAAACCCGGUGGCUAAACCACCGGGGGCGGUUCACUCUGCGCAGCCGCUCCCAGUUUCUGACCGGAAGCACUCGCCAGGAGCGGAACAGGGGGGACCAAAGCUGUCAGCUCCACUGACAGUGGCGAUCCCUCCUGACGACCCACCUGCUGAGAUGGAAACUGGACACGUCAUCGUGACGGACCCCCCAGCGAGCCCACAAGCGCCUUCCAUUGCUGUUGUUGCCGACCCUGCAGCCGGACGGGAGUCCAAGAGGAGGAAGAUGUCAACGGUGUCCGAACCGGGGACACUCGACCAAUCCGAAUGGACUAUCAUCUGUGACAACAUCCCAUCCAAAUGGCAGGGUGCUAUCCACGGCGAUUUCACCGACACCAACCAAUUGAAGGGACUUUGGAAUGAAAACAACUGGCGAUAUCUACCCAACGGAACUGGAAAAUACCAACUUCACCCAACAGGAUCUGGCAACCAGAUCCACGUGACUGCACAACAGGACGGACUGUUCAGGCAAGGACUCUUGAUACCGGAUAUGUCCAACUCUACGAUCCAUCGUAUCCUCAAGAUAGUGUUGAGAGAUAUAUAUCCGGCAGCCAUCUACAGGAAUAUCAAGGUCUUGAUUGAAGGACUCCCCAACUUCAAGCCUGGGCAGUCCAUCACCUCGCCAUGAGUCCUGUUAUACCAACCUCCUACCAACCUCCUUUGCCUCCCACUGUAAGAGGUAUCUGUUCUAGAUGUUACAGAAGUAGUGUCUACUGAGAGAUGUAGAGAUGGCUUGCCUGUGUGAAGAUGUAUCCAAAGAUAUAGAGAUGGCUUGCCUGGAUGAAGAUGUGACUGAGAGUUGAGAUUGUGGAGGUGUGGUGAUUCGUGGAGGAGUGGUACACGAGAGAGUGCAGUGUGGUGGUAAUGUGGAAAUGAAGUUCCAUGUGUGGGCUAUUUAUUAGCCAUGUUCGGGUAACAUAGAAAACAACGGAUUGUUGUUUUUUAAUAUUAUUAUUAUACUGUGCAAGUAUAAUAAUGGAGGUGUGGUGAAUUCGGAAGGUGAAGAGAAGGAUGAGUUGUGCAAUUAGUUCAUAAUUGUAUUAGUUAACAACGUGCUCAUGUAUGUGUUGAAACAUUAGCAGUGAUAGUUUAUAAUGAAAGAAAGUAGUAUGUGCAAUACUGCUUAAUUAGUUAAUAUAACUAAGUGACUUUGGGCGUUAUAAAAGAACUGUUUUAAUGAAGAUAUAUGAAGUCAUAAGUGGACACUGAUAUUUUAUUUUGAAUAUGUAAUAUUUUAAAUAUUACGUGGUGCUAUAUGUGUGAUGUGAUAUAUACUUAAUACAUUGAGUAGUAUUAGUGUGUAAUUAAUAUUGAGUAGUGUGGUGAUCAUCUGUACUAAGAUGGUGACUGGUGAAAUUUGUUAAAUGUGUGAUGGAGAGAAAGGU